AUGAGCGUCUUCGCCUCCGCCCUCAAGUCGGCGCUCGAGCCCGGGACCGGCAACAAGUUUGUGCUGGCGCUGAAUGGCGUCCUGCUCGCGCUCCUCGGCGUUAUCGGGAUGACCAUCUGGUCGGGCAUGGAGGAUUCGUUCCACAUGUACAUCUUCCUCUUCCUCGCGAUCGGCCUCACAGUCUCGAUCAACUGGUUCAUCCUCGAGGCCCGUGCGCUCCAAGCCGACGGCAAGCUCGACCUCAGCAGCCUCGACAAUAAUACCGCCACUAGCACGAAGAAGAAGCCGCUCGCCAAGACCGAUUAGAAGACGACAAUGAAAUCGAUAGAAAUUGCAACGACUCUGCUAGUGUAUCUACUACAACUCGCG